GGCGGUGCGGGUCGGGGCGCGGCGGGCGGUGAGUACGGGCCGAACCCCCCGCACCCCUCUUGAGGGCCGCGCCCCGUUUUCCGGCCAGUGAAGGUGCUGCAGUGGAUUACAGACUUGCUCUUGCCUCGUGCUAUGGCUCUACAUGGCCUCAGCAGGACCACAACGCAAUAACCUGGGCCCCAGACAGGAGGAGAGCUUUGGCCUCGGGACAGACACCCUUGCAGCAGAGCGACAGCGCAGAGCGUGGUGCCUCGCCCCUCAGCAACACGCGAAACCCAUCUGGGCUUUGGAGAGGCAGCAUGUGAAUGCCCACCGGGAUCUCAGCCCGCCGCCCUCAGGGAUCCCUUUGCAACAGUCAUGCUUCUUGUACCCGCCAGCACCGUGCCCAUCGCAUCCCAUUGAAAGCUCCCAGCCCUGCCUGGAGCUGUGUGGGAGCACGCUGCUCUACCAGCGCUCCUGCCUGAGAGCCAAACCCUACCACUUUCCUUUCUGGAGCCCCCAGGACACCAGCUCUGCCUCAGGAAGGGCAAUGUCUUCCUUGAUGAUGGAGCCCUGCCUGCCACCUGUGCUGCCUGAGGAGCGUGCAGGGUCUGGGCUGAAAGGCUCUGCCCUCAGCUUGGGCUCAGCUUGCCCUCAGCAGGCUUCCAGUUCCUGCAGACCAGUGCUCCACAGCAAUUCCUUCCUACAGCCAAGCAGUGCUAAAGUGCCUUUGCUGCAGUCACCGGGAAUGAAGAAGCUGAAGAACACCGCCAGUUUUCCCACCAUCUCAUGGCCACGCUCCAGGACUGAUGGAGACUGCUUCCCCCACAGCCCUGCAGUGCAAAGCAGUGACCAGGAACAAACCUCUGCCUCCUCCUCCCUGACCCUCGUGCCCAACAGUGUGACCCUUAGGAAUGAGUGGUGCUCUUGGCCACUGGGGGAGCCUGAGAGGAAAGCAUACAGGUUGUGUGAGGCAGAACCCAAGAUCAGCCUCACGGCAGCUGUGCAGCAGCUGGUUGGACAGACUGCCACCUGCAGUGGCUUUGGACACGAAGUUAAAAGCUCUGGCCUUAAGAAUGCAGGUGGCUUGUCCAACAGAGACAGAUCAGGGCAUCGCAUCAUGGCACACCUCACUUCAGAGGAGACCAUUGCUCCCCCAAACUUGGAGAUGGGCAGCCAUCAUCUUAAUGGUAACUCAAGCCUUAUAGGCUCCGAUGGUGCUGUCGUCUGCACUAAACGGAUCAGUGUUCAUCUCCUGGCCUCCCGUGCCAGCUCUCCUGACCGCAGCUCCAACUGCCGGCUCACAAACACACUGACCCUGCGUGGCAGUGAGCAGGGAGCCAGAGCAGAGCCUCAGCAGCUUGCUACCAUCUCUGAAGUGGCCACUCAGAUGUCCAGCAUCCAGCUGGAGAAAAAGGAUAAGUGUGCCCACGCAAUGCUCCCAGAAAAGCCUGAUGUUGCUGCUGGGGAGUCACUGCUGGAGCUGAGCCAUCCCCAGGACGAUGUGGAGGAAGAACUUCCUGGUGGCCUGGAUGAGAGCUGCAGUCUGGAGGAGGAAGAGAACAGUGACUCGGAUGCUUCCUCUGUCACUGGCAUGUCAUCUAAUGACUCUGUGGCUCUUGUAUCCAGGAAAUGCCUCGAGUGCCUGGACCAGCCCACUGAGGAUCAGGAGAAAGUGCUCAAACCCGCUCUUGUCUGCAGUUUAUUCCCUAAUGUGCCUCCAACCAUCUACUUCAGCACUCGUGAUGAGAGAGUGGAAAAGCUGCCUUGGGAGCAAAGGAAGCUGCUGCGAUGGAAAAUGUGCACGGUCACGCCGAAUAUUGUGAAGCAAACCAUUAGCAGAUCUCACUUCAGAGUCAGCAAAAAAAGCAAUGACUGGCUGGGUUGUUGGGGCCACCACAUGAAGUCCCCCGGCUUCAGAGCCAUCAGGGAGCACCAGAAGCUAAACCACUUCCCUGGUUCAUUUCAAAUUGGGAGAAAGGACCGUCUGUGGCGCAACCUGUUGAAGAUGCAGACUCGUUGUGGGAAGAAGGAGUUUAAUUUCUUCCCCCAGUCCUUCAUCCUGCCCCAAGACAUCAAAUUACUCAGGAAAGCGUGGGAGGAAGGAGCUAGCCGCCAGAAAUGGAUUGUGAAACCACCAGCAUCAGCAAGGGGCAUUGGCAUCCAGGUUAUCCACAAAUGGAGCCAGCUACCCAAAAGAAGGCCGCUGCUGGUACAGAGAUAUCUGCACAAACCCUACCUCAUUGAUGGGAGGAAAUUCGACCUGAGGAUUUAUGUGUAUGUCACUUGUUACGAUCCCCUCAGGGUCUACCUGUUCAAGGAUGGAUUGGUUCGCUUUGCUAGCUGCAAGUACUCCUCUUCAAUGAAGAGCCUCAGCAACAAGUUUGUGCACUUGACCAAUUACAGUGUGAACAAGAAGAACACUGAAUACAAGUCCAACUUGGAUGAGACUGCUUGCCAGGGACACAAGUGGGCACUCAAAGCUCUCUGGAAUUACUUGACUCAGAAGGGAGUUAACAGUGAGGCCAUCUGGGAGAAGAUUAAGGACAUCGUUAUCAAAACCAUAAUUGCAUCUGAGCCGUAUGUGAACAGCCUGGUGAAGAUGUACGUGCGGCGGCCGUACUGUUGCCAUGAGCUUUUUGGGUUUGAUAUCAUGCUGGAUGAAAACCUCAAGCCCUGGAUCUUAGAGGUCAACAUUUCCCCAAGCCUUCACUCCAAUUCACCUCUGGAUGUGAGCAUCAAAGGCCAGAUGAUCCGGGACCUGCUUAACCUCGCUGGCUUUGUUCUGCCCAGCAUGGACAGCGUAGCCUCAAGACCUCAGACUAGAAUUGAUUUCACCUGCAGUCAGGGCAGUGCUUUGAAAGAGAAGCCCAGACCAGCCUCUGAGUGUUUCACAGCAGAGAAGUUGAAGAAGGCCUAUUACUUGACACAGAAGGUACCUGACCAGGAUUUUUAUUCUUCUGUCUUGGACAUCCUGACUCCAGAUGAUGUUCGCAUCCUGGUGGAGACAGAGGAUGAAUAUUCCCGGCGUGGGCAGUUUGAGCGGGUGUUUCCCACCCACAUCUCCACGCGAUACCUGCGCUUCUUCGAGCAGCCUCGCUACUUCAACAUCCUGGUGACCCAGUGGGAGCUCAAGUACUACUUGAAUAAACACAAAGGUCUGGAGCUACUGAAGAAAUGGUGUGUCAAAGGCUACCACACUGGGACAGGGACGGAUUUGGCCCAGAUGUGGUCGCUGCCAAAGUCCUUCUUCCUCCAGAAAAGCAGUGUUCAAUCAAAUGGCUUCAGCAAACUGGAACCGGACAGGCUGGACAACCUCAUCUCACCAAACAGUGGAGAUCUUGUGAGAUGCCUGGAGCCCAGCCCUGCUCAGAGCUUACCUCUCAACAAAUGCACUGUUGGAGCUGACCAGAAACCUGGUGGCUGCCUCUCAGACACUGCCCUGGUGCUGUGAGCAGGCAGCUGCCUUCCCUCCCUGGGGACACCUCAACCUACCUCAAAGGAAGAGACAGAAGCUGGCUCUGGAGCACAAGUACAAGUCCUGUGAAGCUCCCUGCACUGCACACUUUCCAGUUGGUUGUUCCUGGAGAGAGCUGUGUGACUCAGUUUUUAAAACAAAUGGCAAAACCUCGCCAA